AUGUAUCGAUUUCUAUUUUUCUGUGCGAUAUUAUGUGGCGUGACCGAUGCGAACAAAGUGGAACAAGUUCAUCUGAGUUUGAGUGGGAAGAUGGAUGAGAUGGUGGUGACUUGGUUGACACAGGGACCAUUACCCAACGUGACGCCAUACGUGACAUACGGUCUCUCCAAAGACUCACUUCGAUGGACUGCAAAAGCCACGACGACUUCAUGGAAAGAUCAAGGAUCCCACGGAUAUAUCAGAUAUACUCACAGAGCAACGAUGACUAAAAUGGUAGCUGGCGAUGUUUAUUACUACAAAGUGGGCAGCUCUCAAGACAUGUCCGACGUGUACCACUUCAAACAACCCGACCCUUCCAAAGAGCUUCGUGUUGCUAUCUUUGGUGACUUGAGUGUCUAUAAAGGGAUGCCAACAAUAAAUCAACUAAUUGAUGCUACUCAUAAUGACCAUUUCGAUGUAAUCAUUCACAUCGGGGAUAUCGCGUAUGAUCUACAUGAUGAUGAAGGAGAUCGUGGGGAUGCUUAUAUGAAGGCGAUCCAACCAUUCGCAGCGUAUGUUCCCUAUAUGGUGUUCGCAGGGAAUCAUGAGUCGGACACUCACUUCAAUCAAAUAGUCAAUCGGUUCACUAUGCCAAAGAAUGGAGUUUAUGACAAUAAUCUCUUCUGGAGCUUUGACUAUGGAUUCGUUCACUUCGUCGGAUUGAAUUCCGAGUAUUACGCCGAGAAAAUGACAAAGGAAGCGAAUGCUCAAUACAAGUGGUUGCAAGAGGAUCUAUCGAAAAAUAAGCUGAAAUGGACAAUAGUAAUGUUCCAUAGACCAUGGUACUGUUCUACUAGGUCAUCUGGUGGAUGUGAUGACCCUACUGAUAUGCUUUCAAGAAAGGGAACCACUGACUUGCCGGGAUUGGAGAAGUUGUUGAAGGAUUAUAAAGUGGAUAUGGUGCUCUAUGGACAUAAGCAUACGUAUGAGAGAAUGUGGCCGAUUUAUGAUAAAGUUGGAUAUAAAUCGGGAGACGCUGGACAUAUCAAAAAUGCAAAGGCACCGGUGUAUAUUCUGACUGGAUCAGCGGGCUGUCACACGCAUGAAGGACCGUCCGACACGACACCCCAAUCGUUCUCAGCAAGCCGUCUCGGCCAAUAUGGAUAUACUCGUCUGAAAGUGUACAACUCUACGCAUAUCAGCACGUAUUUUGUGGAUACCGAUGACAAAGUUGGGAAUUUUUUGGAUCGGUUCUAUUUGGAGAAGGAUUGA